UAAUCUAUGAUUAUAGUUUAUAUUUACAAACGUUAUUUUUGUUGUCGGAAUUCAUUGGAGGUUAGAAGGUGGAAAAAAGUGUUAUUUUUUGUUUAAAUUAGUUAUUAGUUAAAUAUUUUAUAUAAAAGCCUAAUUAACUGUUUUUACAUAAAUAAAAUGGAGAAGUUUAUAAUUUUUUCAACAGUUUUGUGUUUUUUGUUUAAACUAGGAAAUUCAUUAUGGUGUUAUGAAUGUGUUAGCACUCAACCAGGGUGCGGGACACCUUUUAAUUGGUGGAUGAUGUGGACUAAUGUUUGUCCAGAAGAUGAUGAUGUUUGUGUGAAAAUUAUCGAAAGAAAAGGAGCUCAAGAAGUUAUAACAAGAUCUUGCUUGAGUACUCAACAAGCUCAGCGUAGUGAUAUUCCAGCAGAUAAGUACGAAGGUUGCAGAAAGGCAGCUGUGGAUUUGAAACUUUCAAAUUAUGUUAAUAACUCUGUGAAGGAGCUUGAUAUUUACAGAAAUUAUUAUGAUGAGACAAUUUGGUGUUUCUGUUUUUUGGAUCACCGGUGCAAUAAUUCCUUUGUACAUCUUCCGUCAGUCUUUGUUCUUAUAUUAAGCACAACAUUUGUUUUACUGCAAAGAUGAUACUUUUUUAUAAUUUGACUUGGAUAAUUAUUUAGAAUCUCAAAUGAGUAUUUACAUGUAUUGAUAUUAAUGUAAUGCCGUCCAUAUUUUUUAGGUAAGUUUUAUUUUUUUUAUGUUUCUAAUCUAAUACUUUUUUGUAAUUUAAUUUUAAUGAUUACUAAGAUUCUUAAAUAAGCAUUUUUCAUGUAUCAAUUUUAAUGUAAUACCGUCCACAUUUUUAGGUAAGUUUUAUCUUUUUAUGUUUUUAAUCUAAUACAUAUCCAAAGAUAAACAUUCCUAUUCGAGCAAAUUAAAGUACCUGUUAUAAACUCGUUUUUAAUAUGAAAAUAUGUAUAUUCAGACACAGUAAUUAAUUGAAUAAAUGAUCAUUUAUUUGUUUUUUU